GCUACUGUCAUGGCCGCCCCCCUGGGCUGAUAUCCGCACAUGGGGUUCUAGAGCUGUGGGUGUCUCCAAAGGAACUGUAGCCACUAGAUUUUGGCGUCUUUGGACCCUCCUCCUUUCACUUUCUUUUGUUGACCCUUUUGGCAACUCGCUUUGGAUGGGGCGAUGACUGGGGUGAUGUGGACCCCGGAGCUGGCAGUUUUGAGGGGCUUCCCCACUGAGACUGAGCGGCAGCAAUGGAAGCAGGAGGGAGUCGCAGGCUCAGAGACUGGAUCUUUCCUACAAUUGCUGCUAGAAGGGAAUUAUGAGGCCAUAUUCUUAAAUUCAUUGACUCAAAAUAUUUUUAAUUCAACAAUGAUGACUGAAGAAAAGAUUGAUAGCUACCUAGAGAAGCAGAUAUUAACAUUCCUGGAUUAUUCAACAGAUUUGGACAAAAUCAAAAGACAGCAGCUGGUGUUCCUGAUUGGAGUGAGCAGUUUGCAGCUCUUUGUUCAGAGUAACUGGACGGGGCCUCUCGCUGAUUUACGUCCCCAGGAUUUUUUGCCGUCUGUUUUGUUCCAGCGAUUCAGUGAGUCCAAAGGACUGGAUGCAGUUGUUCUGAGUCUGCUCACUCUAGAUGGCGAAUCAGUCUACAGCCUGACCGUGAAGCCUAUACUACUUCUGUUAGCACGGGUUAUCCUAGUGACGGUAAAGCACAAACUGACAGCUCUUCAGAGCUUGCCAUGGUGGACUUUGAGAUAUGUGAAUAUUCAUCAGCAGUUGCUUGAAGAACGCUCACCUCAGCUUUUUGCUCUUGCUGAAGAUUGUAUUGAUCAAGUGACAAAGCUAGAGAAUCUGUUUAUAGAUGAUUCAGGUCAAUAUUUGGCUAUUCAGUUCCACCUGGAAUGUGCAUAUAUAUUUUUAUAUUAUUACGAAUAUAAAAAAGCAAAAGAUGAGUUCAGUAUUGCUAAAGAUAUCAGCAAGUUACAAAUUGAUUUGACAGGUGCUUUGGGAAAAAGGACACGGUUUCAGGAGAAUUAUGUGGCACAACUUAUUCUAGAUGUAAGAAGGGAAGGGGAUGUCUUUCCAAAUUGUGAAUUCAGUCCAGCCCCGACUCCUCAGGAACAUUUAACCAGGAAUCUUGAGCUCAAUGAUGAUACUGUUCUAAAUGAGAUAAAAUUUGCAGAUUGUGAAGAGUUUCAGAUGCCCAACCUGUGCGCUGAAGAGCUUGCUGUUAUCCUUGGAAUCUGCACAAAUUUCCAAAAGAAUAACCCAGUGCAUAAGUUAACUGAAGAGGAGCUCCUGGCAUUUACAUCAUGUUUGCUUUCACAACCAAAGUUCUGGGCCAUUCAGACAUCAGCCUUGAUCCUCCGGACAAAACUUGAGCGAGGAAGCACACGCCGAGUGGAACGGGCGCUGAAGCAGACACAAGCUCUUGCAGACCAAUUUGAAGAUAAGACUACACCGGUAUUGGAACGUCUGAAGAUUUUUUAUUGCUGUCAAGUACCACCUCACUGGGCCAUUCAGCGCCAACUUGCAAGUUUACUCUUUGAGUUGGGAUGUACCAGUUCAGCCCUUCAGAUAUUUGAGAAGCUAGAAAUGUGGGAAGAUGUUGUCAUUUGUUAUGAAAGAGCUGGGCAGCACGGGAAGGCAGAAGAAAUCCUCAGGCAAGAGCUGGAGAAGAAAGAGACACCGAGCCUGUACUGCCUGCUUGGGGAUGUCCUCCGAGACCAUGCCCCCUAUGACAAGGCCUGGGAGCUGUCCCAGCACCGCAGCGCCCGCGCUCAGCGCUCCAAAGGCCUCCUUCACCUGCGCAGCAAGGAGUUGAAGGAAUGCGUGGAGUGCUUCGAACGCUCAGUGAAGAUUAAUCCCAUGCAGCUCGGGGUGUGGUUUUCUCUUGGCUGUGCCUAUCUGGCCUUGGAAGACUAUGGAGGCUCUGCGAAGGCGUUUCAGCGUUGUGUGACUCUCGAACCUGAUAAUGCUGAAGCUUGGAACAAUUUAUCAACUUCCUAUAUCCGAUUAAAACAAAAAGUAAAAGCUUUUAGAACUUUACAAGAAGCCCUCAAGUGCAACUAUGAACACUGGCAGAUCUGGGAAAACUACAUUCUUACUAGCACUGACGUUGGGGAAUUUUCUGAAGCCAUUAAAGCUUAUCACCGUCUCUUGGACUUACGAGACAAAUACAAAGAUGUUCAGGUCCUUAAAAUCCUCGUGAGGGCAGUGAUGGAUGGGAUGACUGACAGAAGUGGGGAUGUCGCAACUGGCCUCAAAGGAAAGCUGCAGGAGUUACUUGGCAGAGUAACUUCAAGAGUGACAAAUGAUGGAGAAAUCUGGAGGCUGUAUGCCCAAGUCUAUGGCAGUGGGCAGAGUGAAAAGCCUGAUGAAAAUGAAAAGGCAUUCCAGUAUCUCUCUAAGGCAUACAAGUGUGACACACAGUCCAGUGGUUGGGAGAAAGAUAUUACAUCCUACAAGGAAGUGGUUCAGAGAGCCUUAGGACUUGCACAUGUGGCUAUGAAAUGCAGUAAAAACAAAUCUAGUCCCCAAGAAGCUGUGCAAAUGCUGUCUUCAGUUCGACUCAAUUUACAGGGCUUGUUAUCUAAAGCAAAGCAACUUUUUACAGAUGUGGCAAGUGGAGAAAUUUCCAGCGAGUUAGCUGAUGAAAUAGCAGCAAUGGAUGCCUUAGUAACAGAGCUCCAAGACCUAAGCAACCAAUUUCGAAAUCAAUAUUGAACAUCCUGGGAACAGUUUCUGAAAAAGGUGCUUUCACCUCCUGGAAUGUCUCUUAUACCUGUGUGUCUGAAACACAAGAUACUGAUUUUUAAAAAAAUAAAUUUCACUUUUAUGGCUAA